UAAAUACCACCACAUAUUAUUAUCAGCUAACAAUAGCUUUAUAUAUAUAUAUAUGGAUUUGUAUGCUCCCUCCUAGAAGACCAAAUUGCACAUAGGGUUUUCAGAAAUCAGAUCUUGCUCUUGUUAUUGUUAUUGUUCCAGCUAUGAAUCUGAAGAAAAUGGAUUGCAAUGAAGCAUGGUGCGGCAACUUGAUGAUGAUGGGGAGAGGGAAUCAUAAUGAUGAAACGUGUGAUUUAAUAUCCAGUGAAUCCUCCCUUGGAGAAAACUCAGAUAACUCCAUUUAUUCAAUAUCUUCUUCAUCAGACAUGGUUGAGGAUGCAUCUUCUGCAACAUCAUCAUCAUCAUCAUCAUCAUCUAAUGGACCUCUUUAUGAAUUAUCCGACCUCAUGGCUCAAUUACCUAUCAGGAGAGGGCUUUCUAAAUAUUAUGAAGGGAAGUCUCAAUCAUUCACAUCUUUAGCAAGCGUGAGGAGCAUAGAAGACCUUCCAGAGAAAGUGUUGGGUCCUUUAAAUAUUAGAUCCAAGAUGAAAUCAUGUAAGAGCUAUGGAUGGGGACUUGGUGGUCAUAAAAACAAGUCAUAUAGCCCUAAGGCUACCAUAUCAAAGAAGGGUUGUUCCAGUCGAGGUUGUUUCAUGUCUUCUCUAGGUAAGAGUAGUAGUAGUGUAGUGAAUAGGGAUUGAGUUGAUUGUGCAAUGCAGCAAAGAGAGAUGGGGUUUGAAUGUAUAGCUGUAUUUGUUUUUUUUGGGGUUAUAAUUCUAGUUGUAGAUUUACAGAGGAUUUAAAUGAAUUUAUAACCCUUGUUCCUCAAGGGGUUUUGAAGGUUUAAA